GCUCAGAGCAGCGCACUGCAGAGGAUAGUCAAAACCCUGCAGCAAUGUCCAGGUCUCUUUAUCCUCCAGGAGCCACACGCAGUUCAACUGAAGACUUCAGGAGGAUGAGGAGGGUCAUUGCUGAAGAUCCAGACUGGUACCUGAACAUAGUGCCUUGUUUAUCAGAUCUCUGUCUGCAGAGCAUUGUGACAAACUUUGAGGAAAAGCCCAUGUUUGAAGUCCUCACACCCACCCACAGAGACUUUGUGCUGGAGAGACUGUCUACCUCCCUGCCCCUGCAUGUGACAGCCAACUUGAUCAGUGAUGGUGUCUAUUGGAAGCGGUGCUGCGAGGAGCGCUGGGACCUUUGUGAUGUCUUUCAUUACGGCCACAGCUGGAAACGAAUGUUCUUUGAGAGGCACAUGGAGAACAUCAUUGAGCUUUUUAUCCCUGAUGUAACAGAACCAAAGGUAGUUCUAGACAUGGUGCCUCUUUGUAAAGACUAUGUCAAGAGGCUGGACAUCUCCCAACUCCUGCCGCCCAUCAAGGAGCCCCAGAAGGAGGAGGAGGAAUAUGGCUCUGAGUUAGCAAGUGAGAAUGAGUAUGACGGGCCGUCUAUGGACCACUUUGACUUUAACAUCCUGCUCGACAAGCUGACGAACCUAGAGGAGCUCCAUUUGGUGUACAGGGUCAAACAGUGUGGUAUGAACUUUGAAUGGAAGAUGUUUGAGAUGACUGACAGAGAUUGUGAGUCCCUCGCCAAGGCCCUUAAGUCCUGUAAGACUUUGAAGCUUCUAAGGCUCCACCUAAGCCACAUUGAGGAUAAAAAGUGCCGGCUGCUGGUGAAAUACCUCUUGGACCACCCGUCCCUGAGGGAGCUCGACUUCUCACACAACGUGAUCGGAGACAAAGGAGCCAGAGCCAUUGGCAAACUGCUCACCAGGAGUAAACUGGAGGUCCUGAACAUGUGUGACAACAAUAUCACAGGCCCGGGAGCCAAAGCCAUAGCUCACACCUUGUCCAACAACUCCACCCUUUUGUCUCUCAACCUGCGUCUCAACUGUUUAAAAGACGAGGGGGGGCAGGCUAUUGGCAAGGCCUUGCUGAACAACAACACCCUGCUUCACCUGCACCUGGGAGCCAAUGAGGUAACAGGGCUCACUGCCAUGGCACUGUCUGAAGUUCUUGUUCAGAGUAACACCCUGAAGAGCAUCAAUCUGUCCUGCAACAACCUGGGUGUGGAUGGAGGUAAAGCUCUGGAGAAGGCGAUGUCUCACAACACCAGCGUAACAGAAUGUGACAUACGUCUGACGGAGGUUGACGAGCAGAGCGCUUCCUUCAUCAACCAGGUGGUGUGGAAGAACAAGAGUUUAGAACAAAAGACACAUGCUGGAGAGGAUAAAACCAAGUAAACAUCAACAUCUUUCAUUUGAAUACAAA